AUGGCGGGAUCGGCCGCACCUUUUCUGAUCGCCCUUGUGCUCUUCGCGUCAGGAGCCGCCGCCACCGGCGACGACGGGGCGAUGGAGAUUCCCCAUCUUCAGCUCCCAGGCACCCCCGACUCGGGCCGUGGUGACGGGUCCGACGCGCCGCCGCCGCCGCAGGGGCAGCUCAUGGACAUCAUGUCCACGAGCGGCUGCGGGAGGUUCGCGGCCCUCGUCGCCGCGUCGCCGAACGUCAGCGACGUCUUCCAGCAGCGGCUCGUACCGGGCGGUGGAGGGCUCACCCUCUUCUGCCCCGACGACAAGGCCGUGGCCGCGUUCGAGCCGAAGUUCGGAACUCUCGCCGACAGCGACAGGCUCGACGUCCUCCUGCACCACGCCACGGCGGCGCGCUACAUCCGGGCGCAGCUCGCGGCCUUCGACUCGGUUGCGGUGCGCACGCUGGCCACCAACAGCAGCCACAGCAUCACCCUCCGCGACGACGGCGACACGGUUUGGCUGUGCGCGCCGUGCCAAGGCGGUGCGGCCAGGGUGAUCAAGACGGUUUCGUCGUCGUCGGAGGGCCCCCUCGUCAUGUACAUCGUGGACGCCGUGCUGCUGCCAGGCCAUCUUCGACAGAAGCUGGACGGAGGGGACGAGGCGGCGGCGUGCGGUGGCUGGCUGUACUGCUGCAUCCCGGUCUGGGUGGUGCUGCUCAUGGUCCUAGGGUCCAUCGUGGGCUUCCUCGGCGGCUGGGUGGCGGCGGAGGGCAGGUUCGGAAAGAUGCGGAUCAAGGAUACACAGUGA